AUGCCUCUCCCGCAGUUACUCGUUGGCAAGGUUGCUGCCAUCACCGGCGGCCUCACCGGCAUUGGACGGGCAAUUGCCCUAGAAUACCUCCGCCACGGAGCCAAAGUCUCCGUCAGCCACCUGGGCGGACCCAAGGAGGACGCCCUGCUAGAAGCGCUCCGCAAAGAUGUAAACGAGAUCGAAGCCGGAGCGGACAAAAGUCGAUUCAUUACAGUAUCCGGCGACAUCUCGCAGCCCGAGACAGGCAAGAAUUUCGUCGCCCAGACCGUCGAAGCAUUCGGACGUCUCGACGUGUUCGUAAGCAAUGCCGGCGUGUGUCAAUUCGCCGACUUCCUUGAGUCCGUAUUCUUCAUACCCCAGCAAUCAACCAAAACUAACAGAAGCAGGCUCGAACCUUCCCUCCUAAACCAUACCAUCUCAACCAACCUCUCCGGCGCCUUCUUCGCAACACAAGCGGCCGCCCGCCAAAUGGCGCUGGCUCAGUCACCUCCCGGCGGGUCUAUUAUCGGGAUUAGUUCGAUUUCUGCGCUCGUCGGCGGUGGCCAGCAGACUCAUUAUACGCCUACUAAGGCUGGUGUGUUGAGUCUUAUGCAGUCUUGUGCUGUGGCGUUGGGCAAGUAUAACAUUCGCUGCAAUGCUUUGCUUCCGGGUACUAUCCGCACUCAGCUUAAUGAUGAGGAUAUGGCGGAUCCGGAGAAAAGGGCUUACAUGGAGGGUCGGAUUCCCCUUGGUAGGCUUGGCCAACCGCCGGAUUUGGCAGGACCGGCUGUUUUCUUGGCUUGUGAGGAUUUAAGUAAUUAUGUGACCGGUGCACAGAUUCUGGUUGAUGGUGGGCUCUUUGUCAAUCUACAGUAG